AUGUCUUCAGUCUCUAAUCGUAUGAUUUUGCUCUUGUGGUGGAUCUGCUUUUUUUGCUACAACUGUGAUGCUUUUGCUACUGGAUUGCCUCCAAAAGUGUUUAAUGUCAUCAACUAUGGCGCUAGACCCGGUGGAUUCUCUGACAACAGUCAGUUAUCAAACUUUUUUUUAAAAGCGUGGAAAGAUGGGUGUGAAUAUGAAGGGAAGAGUAGAAUCCUAAUUCCAAAAGGGACGUACGAAAUGAACUCGGUGACUUUUGCCGGUCCAUGCAAAGGGGCAAUGUCAUUUCUGAUCAAAGGAACUCUUUUAGCUCCUACAAAUCCUGCUUUGUUUCUCAAUUAUGACACUUGGAUUGGAUUUAAAUACCUUGAUAACUUGACUGUGAAAGGAGGUGGAGUUUUGGAUGGAAGAGGCAAAUCUGCUUGGAAAUAUAACAAUUGUGGCUUCAAACGUAAUUGUUAUCGGCUCCCAACUACAUUGAGGUUGGACUUCGUACACAACUCGAAAAUUAAAUACCUUAGAUCAGUCAAUAGUAAGAUCGAGCAUAUCAGUGUGUUUGGAUCAACCAACCUAAACAUCAGCUUCCUAAAGUUAACCACUCCAAACGAGGGGCAUAACACAGACGGAAUUAAAAUCGCCCGCUCGAAAAACAUUUGGGUCUCGAGAUCGAUGAUCCAUACGGGAGAUGACUGCAUCGCACUGCUCUCCGGCAGUGAAGAAAUCGGUAUUAAAGAAGUUGUUUGCGGACCAGGUCACGGGAUAAGUAUAGGUAGCAUUGGCAGGGGACACUGGAAAGACCCCGUAAGAGGGGUCCGCGUCAUGAAUUGCACCUUUUUAGGUACCCAAAAUGGCGCCAGGAUCAAAACUUGGUCCCCUUCUGAAUAUGUUUUGGUUGCGGAUGUGAGCUUUGAAGAUAUCAAAAUGGAGAAUGUGAACAAUCCCAUUUUCAUUGAUCAGGACUAUUGCCCUUUCUGUGGGAACCGCAAGAUUGGAUCAUCACAAUCUCAAGUUGAGAUCAGAAAUGUGACAUUUAGAAACAUACGGGGAACGUCAAGUUCGAAAAUUGCUGUAAAUUUGCAGUGCAGCAACGUGAAGCCAUGCCAAAAUGUGAAGUUUGUGAACAUAGACUUGGCUUAUGAAGGCCCCAUUGGAGGACCUUCAUUAGCAUCUUGUUUCAAUGUCUAUGGUGUUGCUUAUGGAAAACAAGUUCCUUCUGGCUGUGUCGUCUAA